ACAAAGUAACGUACUUUUUCACGGUGGCAAAGUAGUUUAUAUACUAGUAUAUCGGUUUAGCUAUGGCAUUGCUGAAGGAUAUAAUCGGUGUAGUUCUGCUUUUUGUGGUAGCACUGGUCGCCAGGCUGCUGAGCGUGGUGCGGCUGAUUUUCCCGGCCGGUAAGAAGUCGGUCUCGGGCGAGAUCGUGCUGAUCACCGGGGCGGGCAGCGGGCUCGGCCGCGGCAUGGCGCUCAGCUUCGCCCGCCUGGGGGCCACCAUCGUCGCCUGGGACAUCAACAAGGAGGCGAACGAGGCGACUGUGCAGAUGAUCCGGCAGGAAGGAGGGAAGGCGUUCGGCUUUGUGUGCGACUGUAGCAAGAGGGAAGACAUCUACAGGGCCGCUCAGGAGGUGAAAGACAGCGUGGGUCACGUGACCAUCCUGGUGAACAACGCUGGGAUCGUGUCGGGACGGAAGUUUCUGGACUGCCCUGAUGACCUCAUCCAGAAAACCAUGGACAUCAACACCAACGCACACUUCUGGACCACCAAGGCUUUCCUUCCACACAUGGUGGAACAGAACCACGGACACCUGGUCAGCAUCGCGUCUGCCGCCGGCUUUGCUGGAACAGCAGGGCUGGCCGACUACUGCACCAGCAAGUUUGGGGCAGUCGGGUUCGCUGACUCCAUGAGGCAUGAGUUGCGUGUACAGAAGCUGACCGGUGUCCACGUCACCUGUGUGUGUCCGGCUUUCAUCAACACCGGCAUGUUCACAGGGGCUAAGGUCAAGGAAGUGGAGACCCUGGAGCCGGACUAUGUUGUGCAGCAGAUUGUUGAUGCCGUGAGGAGAAACCAGUUCUGGCUGGUUAUGCCCUGGAAAAUCGCCGCUGCAAGUGCCAUACAGGGCCUCGUGCCGCUGGUGGUUGCGGACGCUGCUGCAGACUUCAUUAAACAGCACCAGUCUAUGGAUAACUGGGUCGGCAGGCAGGGAGACAAGAAGGACAAUUAGCAAUCAUACAUAUAAUAAGGCAAAACCGAUUUGAUGUGUUUGUUUGUUCUUGGAUUUUUACAGAGAGACAUAUAAAGUAACAGGUCAGGAAAAAUAAAAACAUAACUAGGCAUCCUCUGAUAGCCCCAAAAGCUAUGAUACGUGGCAUAAAGUCAACAUACCAGGCUACUCUUUAAUUCAAACAAUGGAUUUUAACCAUUUUAUCAAGCCAGUGCAUUGAUAGAUUGAUAAACUGUAACAACUAUGAAAGCAAAGAGCUUUAUUCAACAUGACUUGGGACCAAUAUAUAAACAUUUUGUACUUGAUUCAGAAACUAAAAACCUGCAUCAAUAUGAUCUGUAAGAAGACAAUUUCUGUGAGCACAGGGUGCAGUACUACUUUUACUCACUAGAUGGCGCCAAUAACAUUCCAAGCUAGCUAUAAGAUAAUAUUGUGGUGCAAAAUCUAGAGCAGAUGUUUGAAGUGUAUACACGAUCCAAAAUAAAAUCUAUCUAUCAUUCAGAUAGCAUCUACUAAAGUCAUGGAUGAAAGGUUGCAGUACUGCUUUUGCCUACUAGAUGGUGCUAGUAACAAAG